AUGACCUUUUUCCGGUCGCCGCGCCUGGCGGUGCAUCGGUACGCCCGCGUUGACGCUGCGACGGACGCCUCGGUGCUUGCGGGCGUCGCACCGCUUCUGGUAACCGCACCAUUGACGUCGCUCGCGGUGACGGCGGAUGAAAUCUCGGUCGUGUUGCCGGCCACGGUGCCGCUGCCGACGGCGCCCAGUGCGACCGAAGACGGCUGGGUCGCCUUCAAGGUCGAAGGGCCGCUCGACUUUGGCCUGACGGGGAUUCUGUCGGCGCUCACGGCGCCCUUGGCGUCCGUCGGCAUCCCGGUCUUUGCGAUUUCGACCUACGACACCGAUUACAUUCUCGUCAAGCACGACAAGGCCGACGCAGCCAUCGACACGUGGACGACGACCGAAGUUGGCGUCAUCCGGCUUGUGGUAUGGCAGCGUGGUAAGCUCAUCGGCCAUGGACGCUUUGGCAAGGUCUACGUCGGCAUCCUCCUUGCAAGUGCGACGAUGGUAGCUGUCAAGCAGCUGCGGAUCCAAGGCCAUGUCUACGACGACGACGAGGUCGAUACGGCUGCCACUCAUGGCGCCGAAGUCGCACUCGCCAAGAUCGAGCAAGAAGCUGCUAUCGGACAGGCCUUGCGUCAUCCCCAUAUCGUCCAGUACUACGGCGCCCAACGUGAAGGCGGCAUUUACAGCCUCUUUAUGGAGUAUCUUCCGAUGGGGUCCGUGCACAGUUUGCUCCAGACGUUUGGGCCGCUCGACGAGUCGAUCGUAUGCGUCUACACCUCGCAGCUGCUUCGUGGUCUGCAGUACUUGCACGCGAUUGGACUCGCGCACCGAGACAUCAAGUGUGCGAAUCUUCUUCUCUCGGACAGCGGCUGCCUCAAGAUAGCCGACUUUGGCACAGCGAAAACGUCCGAGCUUGACCCGAAGGACGGAGAGGUUGACGACGAGCUCUUUGCUACUGUGGGGUCCGUGCGCGACGGCAUUGGAUCCCCCUUUUGGAUGUCGCCGGAGAUCAUUCGAGCCGAGCUGGGCGCCGACGCCUGGACAAAGUCUGAUGUCUGGAGUGUCGGGUGCUGCGUUGUAGAAAUGGUGACAGGCGAGCCGCCGUGGAAUACGUUUUCAAAUCCGCUCACCGCCAUGUUUCACAUUGCGUCUGAGACGUCGGCGCCAGUGCUCCCGAGCCACUUGUCCCCCGUGGCGCACGAUUUCGUCAUGGCAUGCCUCACCAAGGACCCUGCACAACGACCAACGGCAUCCAUGCUGCUCCAGCACGCCUUUUCCACCCGCUUCCGCGAGACGUCGGUCGAGCCGGAUGAACCGGGCGCCUGGUAUCUCUAUUACGACUGGACGACCAACGCGUACGAGUACGCGUACUACAUCGUCGACGACGGCGGCUACUGGGUGUACCGAGUGCACGGCGCGUGGGACUGGCUAUUGUUUCCGCUGUCGAGUGUUGUCGAGAUUGCACUUUGGUGGCUCGCGGCGGUUCGGUUUCUGCCCCCGGAUGAGGUACUGUGGGACGACGCUGACCCCAAUGCGUCCGUGUACACCGUCUCGAGCCCUGUGCCGUAUGCGUCCAUGCCUGAGCUCACAACCGAAGAGCCACACGUGCCUACUACGAGCAAUCCAACACCAGAGCUGGCUCCCGAUGAGACCAUCGACGCCACUACAUCAUAUGUCCGCGUCCUCGCGGACUAUGCAACGACGACCGAAGGGGAGCUCGCGCUGGCCGAGCACGAACUGAUCGUUGUCAAAGCCAUGGACGACAACGGCUGGUGGCUCGGGCACAAGGCGGACGAUCCGAGCACGGCUGGCUGGUUUCCGUGCACGAUCUUGUGGUAGUUGCAGAGGUCAGCGACGACUGGUUACGGGGACGCUCCGUCGAUGGCCAAGACACGGGGUGGGUCUUGGCAACGACUGUCGAGUGGUUGCCCCGGGUGGUUUGCCAAUGGGCGUACGUCGCC